AAUACUUAUUUUGUUUACGUUCUCUUAAACAAAGUAAGAGAACGUGAAGUGAAGUCAAUGCCUGUUUGAUUUGAGCAAUGGUACUCAGAUUACCAUAUUUUAACAGCUGUAUAAUCCUACAUAUAAAAACAUCACAGACAGACAGACAAUGAUUGUUAUAUUUCCGACAGCAUGUGAACGCACCUAAGUGUCUUCCUGUUUGUACUUCAACAGCCGCCAGCCGGGUGAUAAACUCCCGAAAAGCACUACUUUAGUCUAGGUCGUUUACAUUUGUGAAAAAUGUCCUCCGAUGCUUUGAAAGACACGCUGUUGAAACUGAGCCCGAGCAAUUUAAGAUGGUUCUGCAGACGGCUGGCGUGGUGGUCAUCGAGCAGCUGCCCGAAUUGGAGCGAUGCGACGUUAGACACCACAAACAUCUCAGAGAUCACCAACUUCAUGGUUUCAAUUUACACCGAGGAUGGUGCUCUGUCAAAGGCUGCAUAUAUACUGAGGAUGAUGGACUGCAACGACGAGGCUGACACACUGGAACCAAAAGAGAAGCACGUUAUGGAUAUACAAAGAAAUCAGCUGAUCCACCAUGUGACCGAUGUGGAAUCCGUUUUGGAUGAGCUAAUUACCAAGGGGGUGAUUCAUCAGGAAAGUUAUGAUAAAAUCUGCGCUCUCCCGACCUCGGAGGAGAAGAUGAAAGAGCUCUUGGAUGGUCAUCUAAAAUCUGAAGAAGACAAAGACAUCUUCUACAGAAUUGUUGAGAAAUGGAUACCACACCUUCAGGGUGGAAGCCCAGCAGUUUAUUCAAAGAGUGUUAACAAACUCAGCAGCGGAGGACCUCCAAAGGUUGUCAGGAGAAAAACAACUAAAAUAAAGAUGCCGACCGUAGUUCAAGUACCUGAGGUUCACUGGAUUACGCUCAAACCUGAAGUGAUCUGUGUGGAUGACGAGGAUACUCCAAUUUACAGCCUACAGUCUGAUGCAGGUCCCUUUGAGUGUGGUGUCUCUGGACUGCGCUGGGUUUGUAAGGAAAAGGUCAGCUUGAAGUACCAGUUUGGCUCUUGGGAGGAACACAUGGAGAGGAUGGAAGCUCUGCACUUCAUUCCUGGAGGUCCCCUUCUCGACGUUACUGUCAUCGCUGGAAAGUUGGUGGAAGCGUAUCUUCCUCACUGGAUCUGCACAGAAAACAACCCUGAAGUCUUAGGCAAGUUCUCAGUCCUGCACAUAGAUACCUGUGGAGACGUCGUGGAGCCAGUGUCCGAGGUUACACCAUCCCAUGUCAAGUUGUCUCAGCCACAUUUCUCUCCAAGAGGAGUCCUGAUGAGAGCUGGCUUUCGGAUAAAAAUCAACUGUAAAGUGUUAAUAUUCAAGACCAACCUGGCAUUCCUCACACUACAUGUGUAUCUGAUCCCUAGUGAUCCUGCUCUGCAACAGACAAUAAAAAGCAAGGAAUUAUCCAGUGGAUACAAAAUGAUCAAAAAGCCAUACCCACAGAAGUCCCUGAAGAUGGGUAAAUAUUUUACCCUCAAGGCCAACAUGGACAAUGCAGAAAUUACUCCUGAGAAUCUAAAGCUUGUAUAUGAAGGAAGUGACCCAAACUUUUGUGAAGUGUUCAUUGAAAAUCCAGACAGUAAUUUCAAGCUCACACUCACCCAUAAAUCUGCGCCAGUGUGGACCUGUGUCAUUCGAAAAGAUGACUAUACAAACACUGGUGAUAUUCAGGGGAUGUAUGAAGAGGAGCUUGCCAGACUGAGGCCUGAACUUGUGCGGAACAUGUCCAGAGAACUGAUCAAUCAGCUGCUGGAUGACCUUUUAAUGGAUGGAGUGUUGAAUGACGGGGAGAAAGACUCUGUUCUUCAGGAGAACGACACCAGGGCAGACAGGGCCCGCUGCCUCAUUGACAUGGUGAAGAGGAAAGGACGUGCAGCGAGCAGGAAGAUCAUUUGUCACAUUCAAAGCAGAGAUCCUACACUUUCUGCUGAUCUGGGUCUGCAUUAGGGCUGAACGAUUAAUCGAUUUUAAAUCGAAAUCGCGAUUUGAAAUGAUGCGAUUAUCAAAUCGCAAAGCCUGCGAUUUCUUUCAACAUUUUUUUUUUUUUUACAAUUUUUUU